AUGCGGGGGCCGCGUCCGCGCCAGGGACGUUCGCUGGUGAUGGUCGCCUGCCCCGGGCCGCCUUGGGAAGACCGGGGCGAUGUGAAGCAGCCGCAUCUGCGUGGGCUGCGGCCGUCGUACCUGUACCCCCGCACCGCCCAGCUCCCCGUGCCCGAGAGCCUCGACGGUGCGAGCGAGGGGCCGGUGCGCCUGGAGGGCGUGCCGGUCUUUGAGCCGACCAUGGAGCAGUUUGCCGACUUUUACGCCUUCUGCCAGGCGAUCGAUGCGUGGGGCAUGCAAAGCGGCAUCGUGAAGAUCGUUCCCCCUACAGAGUGGGUCGCCGCCCUGCCGAGUCUCUGCCCGCAGGACGAUGCGCCACCGACGCACGCGAGCCUGGACCAUGUGCGCAUCAAGCAUGCCAUCACGCAGCACUUUCUCCCGGCAGGCCCCGGCAAGUGGACGCAGACGAAUGUGACGCGCGCCAAGCCCCUCGACGCGAAGCAGUGGUCGGACCUGUGCCAGAGCCCGGCGCAGCGCGGGCCGCCCAUGUCGCGCAUCCAGCGGCAGGUCGCGGCCGCCGCGGCCGCCGAGGCGGCCGUGGCGCACAGCCGCCAGUACGAGGCGUCGCCCGCGCCGAACCUCGCUACGGCCGGGAAGCUCACGCGCAGCGGCGGCGUGGGUCUGGGCGCGGCGCACCGUGCGCGUGCGACCCCAUCGAAGAGCACCUCGAGCGAGGAGUGGCGAGCGUUUGACUACGAGCACCAGUGGCUCCGAGAGGCGCUCACCGAUGCCGAGCGCGAGGCCGGCCACACGCUCCGCGCGGCCGACUGGGACGAGCCGACGUGCCGUGCGAUUGAGACCGAGUACUGGCGCACGCUCAACCUCGGACAGCCGCCCAUGUACGGUGCAGACCAGCAGGGCACGCUCUUCGAUGCACGCACGCAGCACUGGAACGUCGGCGAGCUCGACAGCCUUCUGUCGCGCACGCUGCGCUGCGCGCUGCCGGGCGUCACGACGCCCUACCUGUACUUUGGCAUGUGGCGGGCCUCGUUUGCCUGGCACGUCGAGGAUAUGGACUUGCACUCGAUCAACUACAUCCACUUUGGCGCGCCCAAGCAGUGGUACGCGAUCCGCCAGGCGGACCGCCAGCGCUUCGAGUCGAUCAUGGCCGCUGCAUUCCCCGCCGACGCGCGCAAGUGUCCGCAGUUCCUGCGGCACAAGUCGUUCCUCGUCUCGCCGUCGUUCCUGAAGAGCCAGGGCAUCCGCCCCCUCAAGCUCGUGCAGCACGCGCACGAGUUUGUGAUCACGUACCCGUACGGCUACCACGCCGGCUUCAAUCUUGGCUUCAACUGUGCGGAGAGCGUCAACUUUGCGCUCCCGUCGUGGAUCGAGCUGGGGCGCGUCGCCGACUACUGCCGCUGCCCCCUGGCCCAGGAGAGCGUGCACUUUGACGUGGACCAGUUUUGGCCGCGAGGCCCGGCAGCCGAGGCACCGAAGGCGAGCGAGGCACUAGCGCCGGCGCCGGCGCAAGCGCGACCCGUGUGUGUCUUCUGCCCCAACGAGACGGACGACGCGCUGGUGCCGAUCCCUGCCGAGGCCAUCGGCGCGCUGGCACGCAUCCCUGCUGCCAAGGCGUCGUGCGAGGCAAGCGGGCGGCCGUACCGCGCGCAUCAGCUGUGCGCGUGUUUCCUGCCCGAGACGUGGAUCGCACACGGGCCGCCGGCGGCUGUGCAAGGCGCCGAGCACAUACACCGCGCGCGCUGGACGCUCAAGUGCCAGCUGUGCGCUGCAGGAGGCGAGUGGGUGGUUCGUGGAUAUCUGCGCGCCGGACGUGGCAGAUGCGCUGGAGGGCACGCACUCGCCGGCGGGCAGCGACGAGCGCGCCGUGGUGCUGUGCCGUGCCCACAACCCGCUGCGGCGUGCGCAGGCUGCCGAGGCGCGUGA